AUGUCUCUAGCGACGCCUCUCUCUAUGGCGGCGCUCCGGGCGUUAUCUUCGCUAUUGGACUUCGUAAGGUCGGCAGCGACUGCUCAAGACCGUGGUCUACGGCUCAAAGUCAACUUUGUGUCUGAUAACUCCUCAUCGGUUUCCUGGAUUGGUAACCCCGAGGCGGUCCUCCGCCUCCAGUCGUCCAAGGCCUUGGAGAAGAGAGCUGUCGCCCGACUCGUCGACGCUAUUAGCCUCGAGCUUGAUGCUAUCUGCAAGGUCUGUGGCAAAGACAACUUUAGUGUCUCACAUGUCAGCGGGGAGGCCAAUGUCCUAGCUGAUAAGGAGAGUCGGCGGCUUGACCGUGUGGUCGCGGACUCAGGAGGUCGGUCAUUGGGAUCGCUAACCUCCUACUCUAAGACUGAUGGCGUCAGAGUGGCUGAGAUCGCCAACAACACUGCCAACGACGAUCUCUGCUGCAGCGUGACGGAUCUGAGCGGGCCCACCACCUCUUGUGGGUUCUGUUCCACAUUGACCGAUGACAUCAUUCAGGCGGAUGAUAUUUCAUUAGAAUCUGACUACUUCAACUCUCACCGGUCGGUUAUAUCCCUCCGAGAUUAUUGUUGCUUGGUCAAGGAAGAUACUGACUCUCCAGUUGAAGUUCUCUCGGGCUCACUUUGGGGGCGACUUACUCGCUCAGUCACAGGUUGCAGACAGCAGGCUGAUAAUGUCGCGGUGGAGGAUGCUAUCUUCAUCGUGCGUGACUCUCUUUAUGUAGCAUCGCAAGAAGCCUGCGUGAGCAACCCUGAACCACUCGUGGAGAUCCUAGCACGCGAUGCCUGGGACUUGGACGCGGUACUUCAGAUGAUCAGCCUUCUCCGAGGCGUUCUUCGGGUCCUAUGGCUCAAUCGGCGAUGCGAUGCUCAGGGUUCGACAAUCCAAGUCGAGCUUUUCCGCCUGUGGAAUGACGACGAUGUCCUUGCCGCCGCCCAUUCGGCUCAGGGGGGAGGUGAGGUCAGCCACGCCAGUAGACCAGCUGCUGCCUCACCCCUACAGCCCUGUGGUAGCGCCGCUAUCAAGGACGUCACAACUCACAGGUGUGGUCUUCCUAGUGGAGAGGUUAUCUUUCAACCGGUGAUACCGAGCACUGCUCCUCGUUUCGCUCGAAAGAUCGUCCUGUCGGCUCAUCGGUCCUGUAAGCAUGGUAACCUCCCCUUUACCGUCGGAUCUAUCAAACUCUACCAUCUGCCUUCUGCGAUACGCCUAUGUAAAGAGAUACUGGCAAACUGCUUGGCGUGCCGUAUCAUACGAGCUUCCCGCACAUGGAGUGCUCCCAGUGGUGUACUCGCCGACGAGGACGCCACAGUAGAGGAUAUGUUCAGGAGCCCGCCUUACACCUACGCCACUUGUGACGUGUUGUCUGUGGUUGGACGCAUAAAAGAAGCCGACACGACGGUGGGCAAGCAGAGGUAG